AUGGCUCCAUCUGCUUACUCCGACUUAGCUAAAGCUGCUAACGAUUUGAUCAACAGAGACUUCUACCACUUGUCUACCGCUGCUGUUGAUGUUAAAACUGUGGCCCCAAAUGGCGUUACUUUCACUGUUAAAGGUAAAACCGCCAAGGACGACACCAUUGCUGCUUCUGUUGAUGCCAAAUACUUGGACAAAGCCACUGGUUUGACUUUGACCCAAGGUUGGAACAAUGCUAAUGCUUUGACCACCAAGAUUGAAUUGUCUGAAUUGUUGACUCCAGGUUUGAAAGGGGAAUUGGACACUGCUGUUGUUCCAAACGGUACCAGAAACGCUAAAUUGAACUUCUUCUAUCAACAAUCUGCUGUUAAUGCCAGAUUAUUCUUUGACUUGUUGAAAGGUCCAAUUGCCACUGCUGAUUUGGUUGUUGCUCAAGAUGGUUUCACUGCCGGUGCUGAAUUGGGUUACGAUAUCUCUUCCGCUAAAGUUAACAAAUACUCCAUUGGUGUUGGUUACGCUAACUUGAACUACGGUUUGGCUGCUACUGCCACUUCUAACUUGUCUGUUUUCUCUGCUGCUUACUACCACAGAGUUUCUCCUUUGGUUGAAGUUGGUGCUAAAGCCACCUGGGAUUCCGUCAAAUCCUCUAACGUCAAUGUUGAAUUUGCUACCAAAUACGCUUUGGACAAAUCUGCUUUCAUCAAAGCUAAAAUUGCCGACUCUGGUUUGACUGCUUUGUCUUACACCCAAGAAUUGAGACCAGGUGUUAAAUUAGGUUUGGGUGCUUCUUUCGACGCUUUGAAAUUGGCUGAACCAGUCCACAAAUUGGGUUUCUCUUUGUCCUUCACUGCUUAG